AUGCCAACGUAUUUAUCCGUUUUUUGAACGUCGCUUGUUUUUAUUGUUAUCUUAUCUUAUCUAAAAUUCUGAUGCAAUAAGUUGUUCAUAUGUUUCAGUUUGAUUUAGUUUGAUAAAAUCUAUUUUAAUUUAGCAUUUCGUAAACAAAGGAAGGAAGCUUUAUCAGUUGUAGAACAUUAAAAAGUAUUUUUUACAUUUUCUUUAGUCGUUUUUCUUGGAUAUUUAAAUUAAAUACUCAAUUUGAAUUCACGUGACCAGUUUUAAAAAUAGUUUUUAAUUUUCUACCAUUGAUAAAAUUAUGUCUAAGAACGAAUUGAAAAGACAAGAAAUAAAUCAAGCUGUGAUUGUUGCAGACUCCUUCAAUCGCAAGCUUGCGCCUCUGACGAAUUUGAAACCAGAGGUCCUUUUACCAGUUGCAAAUGGAGUUGUUUUGGAUUUCAUUUUGCAGUCAUUGGAAGAAUCUGGCAUCCAAGAAACUUUUAUUUUUUGUUGUGCAAAUAAUCAUCUGGUUCGAAGUUAUGUUAAUUCCUCUCGAUGGUCUGAAGAUGAUUCCAAGAUGUCUGUCCAAGUCAUCAGCUCCACUUGCUUCUUGUCAAUGGGUGACAUUAUGCGAGAACUGGAUUCAAAAGGCCUUAUUCGUUCAGAUUUUCUUUUAAUCAAUGGAGAUGUGAUUACAAACUUUCCAUUAGGAAAGAUCUUGGAAGAGCACAAGAAUCGCAGGCAAACGGAUAAAAAUAGUGCUAUUACUCUUGUAUACAGAAAAGCUCUGCCAAAUCAUGCCAAUAGAUGCAAGGAAAAUAAUUUUGUUGUUGCUGUUGAAUCAGAUAGUAAUAGGAUUAGGUAUUUUCAAAGAAUCAACAAAAUGAGAACUGUGCAUUUCCCUUUGGAGAUAUUUCAAGAAAGUGAAGAAAUAAGUAUUCAUAAUGACCUUCUGGAUAGUUCUAUCAGUAUCUGUUCUCCCUGUGUUCCACCAUUGUUUUCUGAUAACUUUGAUUAUCAAACAAUGGAUGAUUUUGUAAAAGGACUUCUUGUUAAUGAAGAACUUUUGGGAAAUUCCAUGUAUAUCCACAUUUCAAAGACUGGUUAUGGUUCUAACAUAUCAAACUUGUGCAUGUAUGAUUCAAUCAGUCAGGAUAUAAUGGCUAGAUGGACAUAUCCUCUUGUGCCAGAUUUGCUGAAAUUGAAUGGGAGCAAGUAUUCGUUUACCAGGCAAAAUGUUUACAAGGAACCUGAUGUUGAAAUUGGAAGGAAUUGUGAAGUGCAGAAAAAUGUUAUCUUGGGAAGUGGCACUAAAAUUGAUGAAAAUACAUUUAUAAGUAACUCGGUUAUUGGACGCAAUUGCACUAUUGGUAAAAAUGUUGUGGUGAAAGGAUCAUAUUUGUGGGACAACAUAGUUAUCAAAGAUAAUUGCAUACUAGAUACAUGUUUGUUAGCUGAUACAGUUAUCUUGAAUUCUAAUGUGAAUAUACAGCCUGGUUGUGUUCUAGGAAGUGAGGUUGUCAUUGGAGAGGGCGUUACACUUCCACCUUGUACAAAACUUCAGUCUCAGGUAUAUACGGAAGAUGAUAGCUUUGGUGAAGAGGAUUUUGAAGAAGAAACAAAAGCAAAUGACAAUAAGGUUUGUGAUAAGAAAUUGGUUGGAGAAAAAGGGCAUGGAUACUUGUGUCAAUCAGAAAGUGACAGUGAUAUGGAAGAAGAUGAUGACAUUGUUGAAGACAUAUGGGGUAAAACUGAGGAAUUUGAACCAGAAGAUGAUGAUGAUAGCAUUAGUUCCAGUUCUGAAAUACCUAGUUUAGAUGACGUUGCAGCUGAAGAAAGUGAUGGGGAAAUCGAUAAAUAUGAGGAUGAUGAAGAUACUAUGUUUUUUUAUAAAGAAGUGUUUGAAAGUCUUCAAAGGGGCAUUGAAGAAAAUAUAAAAAGUGAAAAUUUGAUUUUAGAAAUCAAUUCCUCAAAACAUGCCUACAAUGUUACAAUGAAAGAAGUGACCACAUUAGUAGUUUCAGCUCUGCUAAGGCUGCCAGUUGAAGAUCAAAAAGACUCAAUGACAUCUCAGCAAUAUUUAAAUGCCAUGAAGACAAAUUUAAACUUUUUUAAGCCUCUUAUUUCAAAUUACGUGAAAAGUGCGGAGUCUCAAAAUGAUUGUCUUGCAUCGUUAGUUGAGUUUACUGAAAAAUAUAAACACUUAGCUCCUGCUGCUGUUAAAGUGAUGCAUUUUUGGUAUGAUCAAGAUAUACUUUCUGAACCUGUUAUUGUGAAGUGGUACGAUAGUCUUACUCCUGAACAAGAAGCUAUAAAAAUACCAGCUAGUGCUUUUAUUCAGUGGCUGAAAACAGCAGAUGAAGAAUCAGAUGAAGACUAGAUGAUAUCUUUGAAUAACCGUUUUUGCAUAAAGCUUGAAUGAAAAUGAACUGACUGCCUAUUUAAUUAAUAAAGUAUGCUGAUUUCUUUUUGUGUACUCUGUUAAUGAAGUUUUCUUU